GAAGCGGGAUUUGUACCCCUCUGCUGGCGGGGUUCUCCUGGAGCCCUCUGGCCGGCCGGCCCCGGGGCGGCGGCGGAGCCCUCGGGGCUGCGCUGUCUGUGGGGCGAGCGCGCGCCCCUCGCGUGGCCAAGCGCGGGAAGAGGAGCGCUGUUUCCUGAGGUAGAUGUUUUUGCCUCAGCCCCGCGCUCCAGAGGAAGGUGAUUACUAAAGCCGUCUUCCGCAAAAGGCGCUUGCCUAACAUGCUUUAAAGGCGAGGGCUGGCCUCGAAAUCUAAAAAGCUUGAUAAUGGCCCCACUACCAAAUGCUGAAUUAGUUCAGAACUCUUUGCAGUUGUAUCGUUACCUGCUUCGAUGCUGUAAGCAACUUCCUGAAGAGAAUAUUCGUCAGCAUUACAGACAUGCAGUCAGGCAGAGCUUCAAAGUUCAUGCUGAUGAAGACAAUCCUGAGCGAAUCCAGCAGAUCAUUAAGAGGGCCAUUGAAGAUGCUGACUGGGUCAUGAGUAAGUAUAAAAAGCAGAAGUAGAAGAGGAAUGAUGAAGACAAUGUCAUUGGUAAACAUUUUUAGAGGACUUGCAAUCAAGCCCAGUACUCUAUUAUAGUUAUUGCCUGGGGUUUUCUCUUACCUAAUACAAAUACAGUAAUUUAUCUCUCCUUGGGAUGUCAUGAAGCUAAAUCAAUAUUUCUGAAGCAGUUUGAGUCUGUAGAUUAAUAGGCACAGUCUAGACUCAAAGUAUUAGCUUGCAUAAUCACUAAACUUUAGCGUAAAGCCCAAACUUUUCUAAGCUUUGAGAGAGCUUCUCAGGAAAACUUACUGGGAAUAAAAAUGUAACCAAAUACAAGACACUAACAAAUAAUUAGUGCCCUGUCUGUCGUUCAUAUCUGAUGAAUUACAGCAUCUCAUCUGAAAGAAUUUAACUAGUAUCUGAGCAUAAAGGUCUAUACUGGGAGCCUGAAAACCUGAGAAAUGCUCACUGAGGAUCAGAGCAAAUUUCUCUUUACUUGAUUGUGGGCUAGAUCAUACUAUUCGGCCUAGAUUCGCUGUAGCAUAGCAGUGUUUGAUACACUUACUGUGUAGACUAUUUGGUGGGAACGUUCUUCUGUGUAAGUAACAGUGGAUUUGAGUUUGUAUAAUGCUCAGAAUUACAGUAGUCAGUCUGUUAUGUCAGAUCAUCCUCUGCAGGACCAUAUAGAUACAUUUUCAGGGUGGAGGAGGUAUGACCAGAGCACAGAUUUAAUCUAGUAGCAGACACAAAAACAGAGGCUACUGAAUGGAGAACACACCCACAAGAACUUUAAGGCCAUCUGAAACUUGAACCACUGUAUUUUCCACUUGCCUGUCCAUGCAGUGGGAAUAUCUUCAUUCUACUGUAUGUAUUUGCGCUUGAAUUAAUGGUUGUCUUAUUUAAAGAUAGGUGUCUGUCACCCUAAUCUGUAAAGUUGCAUGAAAAUGAACGCCGUUCAGAUGGGGUUUGUGCACUGAAUGGUAUGAUUACUGAAAUGUGCAAUGUUGUACAGAUAUAAAGGCCUUCACAACUUUUUGUAACGCCUAAUAAAUGUCCUUUAAAAAUGGGA